CCCCACCCAAUUCUAGAGCCGCGUAUGAGUCGUCGCCUUUCGGUGCCCAUCAGCAUUAACUAUCAAGUGGUGCAGGUGUCUCCGCUAGUGAAUCCCGAACUGGCCAGACGUGGCUCCGUAGCCGAUAUGAUUCUGCCCGCGACAGCGCCCAGUGUCCAGACACCCGAUCCGAAGAGGCGGGUGCGCAUGAUAAAUCGACACUAA